AUGGCUGCCAAACAGGACUCCGAGGCCACUGUAGCCGUCAACGUCGAGGAGCUGCGCAACUCCAAAGAUGCGGUUAUCAUGCGGCUGAUGGCCCUGCAAUCUUACAUUGCAGACCUCAGCAAGGCGUACAUUGAGCACGCCAACAAUGUCAUCAACGGCGGUCCCGCCACCAUUGAUAUUCCCGCCAUUCCUGUGGGCCUGACCGGCCACUUUGAUGUCGGCGUGGUGCGCGCCGCUAGCCCUGGUGCCAAGUCUGAGGCCGGCGGGCAGAAGAAGCGCAAGCGCGCUCCCGUCGACCCUAAUGCGCCUAAGCGUGCCCUUACCCCGUACUUCCUCUACAUGCAGCACAACCGCUCCAAGAUCGCCGAGGACCUUGGCGGCAAUGCGAAGCCCAAGGAGGUUGCCGAUGAGGGUACCCGCCGCUGGCAGAGUAUGACCGAUGCUGAUAAAGAGAAAUGGAAGCAGAUGUACCUGCAGAACUACGAGACCUACAAGCAGCAGAUGGCUGCCUAUAAGGCGGGCCGCAAAACCGGCGACGAUGACGCCGCUCACCAGCUGCAGCAGGACUUCGCUGGCGCCGAGAACGCACAGGAGUCGGACUCGUCCGAGGAGUCUUCCGAGUCUGAUGAGGACAGCGCCAAGCGCCGCCGUAGUGACAUUAAGCCUGCUGCCGAGUCCCCGGUCAAGGCAGCGUCCCCGAAGAAGAGAGGUGCGAAGAACGCAGAGCCCGCGUCGGUUAAGGCCACGCCCGCCGAGCCCAAGAGCCGCAAGCAAAGAAGCGCAAGAGCGAGGCCUGAGUAUGAGAGACUAACUUGGGAGUUAAAUGAGAUCGAUGAUGCUUGA